UUCUUUUGUUUACCCAUCGUCCCUGUGAGUUUACCGAACCAACCCUAGCUACUCAACUAUGGAGCCUGGCCGAGCAGCAUCAUCGUCCGACGGAAUCAAGUAAACUUGCCCAUGAAUUGGAGCAGAAAGUGACACCAGGAUGGGAGGGCUAGCGAGACCGUGCCAGAACUGAGGCCAAACUCUCACUCCCCUGCUGCAUUCAGGACCGCUGCUCCCUGGAUAUUUCCUUGUGUUUCUGCCUGAGCAGAGCCCGGGAGACGAAUGAUGACUAACUGAAACUUAUUGAAGCGAUGGACUCGAGAAAUCUCCCUGGCACAAUGUUGAGGCCAGCAGACACAUCAUCCAAGAGGCGCCCGUGUGGUGGAAGUGGGCCAAACUUGCCUCCUCCUCCCCCUACCUCCUUCUCGCACCAGCAGGGCCGUAUCCACGCCGUGGAGGUGGCACGAGGGAGGACAGGGUACGGCUUUACUCUUUCUGGUCAAGGCCCAUGCAUCCUCAGCUGCAUCCUGAAAGGGAGCCCUGCAGACUAUGUGGGCUUACGUUCUGGAGACCACAUCCUCUCUGUUAAUGACAUUAAUGUGUCCAAGGCCUCACAUGAAGAUGUGGUCAAGCUGAUUGGACGCUGCUCUGGUGUUUUGAAACUAGUCAUCGCUGAGGGAGAACGUCAAAGGCGCCACCAUCACCACCAACGCGCCGCUGGAAAUCGUCAUCACAGCAGCACUACUCUGGGAGCAUCUCACCUGGACUCAUGCUCGAGCGAUGAUGAGUUGGAUGGCUUCUAUGACAACAGUGUUAACAAUAACAAUAACAGCAGGUCAGGCUGUGGCGCUCGUGGGGGGUUGUACAAACCGAAAAUGGAUUCUAAGCAGCUGGGCAUCAACAGGGCAGAGAAGGUGGUGGCCGAGCUGCAGUCCGGAGGAAUCUUUAACAUGAUCUUUGAGAACUCCAGCCAGUCGUCCAGUAGUUCGGACAAGGAGAGGCCGGGGGUUAGUUCAUCAUCAAAGCCUCGUCCUCUGUCUGACCCAGAGUUCCCACAGUAUCGAAGCUCCUCCUGUACCCAGAGCAAUCCCAACCUGCUCUCUGAGGAGGAGAUGGCUCAAGUUCUGAAUGACGAUUCAGUCUUCCUGGACUCAGACUUCCGUCACAUCCACAUCGACCCGCAUGAAGAGCAAGACGUAGAUGUAGGAGAUGAGGGCGGCUUGGGCCUCGAGCCUGGUGAAGGCAUCCUCAACGUGGGCAUGAUCGUUGGCUACCUAGGCUCCAUUGAGCUGGCCUCCUCUGGGACGAGUUUAGAGAAUGACAGCCUGCAGGCCAUCAGGGCCAGCAUGAGGCGUCUCAGAGCCGAGCAAAAGAUUCAUUCAUUGGUCCUAAUGAAGGUGAUGCAUGACAGUGUGCGUCUAUGCAGUGACAGGGGUCUGGUCCUGGCCACCUAUCCUGCAGAGAAACUAGCCUUCAGCGCCUGCUGUCCCGACGAUCGGCGAUUCUUUGGACUGGUCACGAUGCAGGCCACCGACGACCACGACUAUCAUCGCUUUAGCAACGGACAAGAUGAAGAUGGCGGUUUGAGGACUUCCUGUCACGUGUUCAUCGUGGACCCAGACCUCUGUCACCACCAGGUCCAUUUAGGUGUAGCCAGGAGGUUUGGCUUUGAAUGUACCCCCGACCCGGACACAGGAGGCUGCCUGGAAUUCCCGCCCAGCUCUCAGCCUCUCCUCCAGUUUGUCUCUGUCCUCUACCGAGACAUGGGCGACAACAUUGAGGGGGUUCGGGCCCGGGCCUUCCACGAUCCAGACAACGACGCCCAACAGAACCACAGCACCAGCAGCAACAGUGAUAGUGGGAUUGGCAACUUUUUACCAGAGGAGAAGAGCAACCGAGUGCUUUUAGUGGACCUCGGAGGUCCUCCUAAUCACAACCACAUCUCCGGGCCACGACACUGGGACAGCCCUACUUCCUCCCAGCAGGCCUGGAGCCCCACCCUAGGAGCCGCCGCCUCUCUCCCACCUCCUCCUCCUCCUCCUCCGCCAGCUCUGAGAAAUGGCCACUACCGCCACGAUCCACACCUGGCUGACCUCCCUCACCCUCUACCCUUGGCUCACCCUGAUGUCUCCAGCAGGCACUCCCGAGGGGUCCACCCUCACCACUACCAACUGGCGAAGCGGGGAGGAGCUGUGGGAGGAGGAGAAAAGAGAGGGGCUGGAGGAGCAGUAGGGGUGGAGCCACAGCGGUGGCUCCCAGUCCAUGUGCUUAGAGACUGGCGCCAGCAGCACCACAACAGCCACCUCCAGGGCCUGAGCAGCGACCAGGAGUCUUAUGCUGAAUCCACUGACGGGUGGUCAUCGGCCAACUGCAGCACCUUGCCUCCACCCAUGAAUAAGAUCCCUGCAGACCGCUACCGGGCUCCGCUAGCUCCGGGAGACCACCUGCCACCACCUGGAGGGAACCAUUCUCCUCCUCCGGCACAUCCCAACUCCCACACCCAACGGCUGGCCGCUCAGAAAGAUGAGUGGGCCAAGAAGCUGUUUGGCGCUGGAGACAGGGAGCGGCCUCGAGCAGAGAGAAGUGAAAGAGAGAAGAAACGGAGGAAUGCAAAGGAGGGAGAGAAGAAGGGCAGUCGGUUCCGUGGUCUCACAAUGGGCUUCCCUCCUCUCCCACAGCGCUCGUCAGCCCGACGCUCCUUCAGACGCUCCAAACGCCACAGCAUGGCCCGCUCCCUGGACGACUUGGAGUCCGCUGCAGUCUCCGAUGGAGAGCUGAACAGCGUGGAGCUGCAGGGCUGCAACAGCGACAACAGUCUGAACAGUAAUGCCAGCCUUCCAAGCGUCCAGAGCCACAGGCGCCACACAGAGAGGAGAGUGGCCAGCUGGGCGGUCUGCUUCGAGAGGCUGCUGCAAGAUCCCGUGGGAGUCCGCUACUUCUCGGAGUUUCUGAAGAAAGAGUUCAGUGAGGAGAACAUCCUGUUUUGGCAGGCCUGUGAGUUCUUCAGCCACGUCCCUGAGAAUGACAAGAAGCAGCUCUCCCAGCGUGCCAGGGAGAUCUACAACAGCUUCCUGUCCAGUAAAGCCACAACGCCGGUCAACAUCGACAGUCAAGCUCAGCUCGCUGAUGACAUCCUCAAUGCUCCCCGACCUGACAUGUUCAAAGAGCAGCAGCUGCAAAUCUUCAACCUGAUGAAGUUUGACAGCUACACACGGUUCCUCAAGUCUCUGCUCUACCAGGAGUGUAUGCUGGCGGAGGUGGAGGGCAGGCCUCUGCCGGACCCUUACCAUGUCCCCAGCAGCCCCACCUCCAAACACAGCACCACAGGCUCCGACCGCUCCAACCUCUCCACGCCCAAGAAGGAGGACAAAAAGAGUAAAUCUGGUCGAUCGUUAAAUGACGACAGCAGAGAUGACUCAGGCGACAGAAAGAAAGGCAUUUUCUUCUCAUGGUCCCGCAACAGGAGCUUCGGCAAAGGCCCCAAGAAGCGAGAGCUGACAGACUUCAACUACAAUUUCUCGGGCAGUAAUGGUCGGCGUGAAUCGCAGGGUUCACUGUCGUCAGGAGCCAGUCUGGAGCUGGGGACUUCAGGGUCUGGGAAGAAUGAGGGUGAUACUUCCCGUGGUGCUGUAUCGCUGUCAACAGAGCGCGGAGGGGGCAGCGCCCCCUUGAGGCAAUGUAACAUAAGCUUGCCGGAUGGCUCGUGUUGCUCUGUGCCACUGAGGGCCGGAGUGUCCAUCAGGGACCUGCUGCUGGGCCUCUGUGAGAAGCUCUGCAUCAACUUGGCAGCUAUAGACCUCUUCCUGGUCGGAGGGGAGAAGCCACUUGUUUUGGACCAGGACUGUAUGACGUUGUGCUCAAGGGACCUCCGACUUGAAAAACGCACUCUUUUCAGACUCGACUUAGUCCCUAUCAACCGGUCUGUGGGCCUCAAAGCGAAACCCACCAAGCCAGUGACAGAGGUCCUCAGGCCUGUGGUCGCCAAGUACGGCCUGCACCUCUCUGAAUUAGUAGCUCGCAUUAGUGGGGAGUCAGAACCUUUAGAUCUAGGGCUUCCUAUUUCCAACCUGGACGGGCUGAGAGUGGUGUUAGAUGUAGCGGACUCCACUCCUGGAAAAGCAGACAAACAGAAAGUAACUCCCUCUAAGAGUCACAUCCCGGCGUCUACGAGCAGAAACCAAUCUACAACUGGGGAGGAUAGGCCAACAGGGAAAGCCGGUUCAGCCCACCCCCGUGGGGAAAACGGCAAAGCUGGGCACAGCCCUGACCCAAGAGGCCUGGCCUUACCCAACAACUCUGGGUCUCUCCAUAAGGCUCCGGAGAAACGAAAGCAGAAAAAGAUUAAUAUAGACGAAGCUGAAGAGUUCUUCGACCUCAUAUCCAAAGCUCAGAGCAACCGAGCAGACGACCAGCGAGGCCUGCUAAACAAAAGCAACCUGCAGCUUCCAGACUUUCUGCGCCUGUCGCCAGGGGCAACCAACCCAUCGGCCCCUCCCCUCUUCGACCCUGAGCCCAGUUGCUCCACCCCUAAUUCCCGUAACCCCAACAACGGCAGCUUCCCUAGCAGCGGUCGCCGGGGCAAUAAGACAAACAGCAAUGACAGGGGCGGAGGCGGCGGUGGCCCUCCCUCGCUCAGCGCGAGCCAUCAGUCCCAGAGCCUGGACUCUGCACUGGGCACUGAGAACGGAGGGGGGAGGAAAUCCAGAGCACUGCCACCGUUUCCCGGCACCGUCUCCCCCGUCCACCCCUCAUCCGGCAGGGGGGAAUCCGUCCAAAUGCUGGAGGAGGACACCCUGUCCGAUCUGACUCUCGUGGGAGAGGGGGACAUUAACAGCCCCAGCCUCAACUACAUCACUCCCUCAGCCCUCCCCUGCAAACCCCAGCCCCAACAGCAAGCACGGAACAGUCGGCCUAGCUCAGGUACCUUCCCUGUGUGACCCUUUUGAACUUUCCCCUCUAUCUUCACCUGACUGCGAGCGGAACUGGAGACCCCACUGCCGUCAGGCUGAAGCCGCUUGUUGGUCUGUGGCUGAACGGCCCAGAAUGCAUCCAGAUCUCCUCCCUCUCGUUAUUUAGCUAGAACAUCUUUCAAUUCAACACAUCGCUUACGACACUCUAACGCUAAUCUCAGAUUGAAGUGUAAAUAAACAGUAACUAAUGUAAAAAAUACAAUGCUUAUAAGAGAAGUGAGGUUUCAUAUAGCGAAACAAUGGAUAGUGAGUGAACAUAGUGAUGUAUGCACUACUUUCAGGCCAGCAUCUACUGUACAUCAGCUGCAGCCCUAAAAUAGACGAGGCUCAUUCAGAGAGGAAAGAUGGAUGCAUUAGGUCCGGACGUGUCUUUUCCCUGUGUGGUGUGUAUCUGUGUGAACUCUUGAGCGGACUUGCUGUGGAAUCCAUUUUUCGGAGACGUAAGCUCAAGGAAGAGCUCAGGACAAAUUGGCGAUGACCAGUGCCAAACUCCUUCUUCUGGCACCCCCCUUCAUUGUACAAAAUCUAGCAAUGCACUUUAGCCUAUUUACAAUAAGGAGACUUAACACGUCUUUACAUGUCUUUCAAAAAGGUCUGUUCCACGCUCCAGUCACCAGCUCUCCCACCUCCAAAGUGGGACUGAAGCUUCAGCUGUGCUCUUACAAGUGGACUGUGGGUUAUUUCGGGUUUAUUAAAAGCCCGUCAGCACACUGCCAUGGCAGGCCCGACCCUUAAAACACAAACAUAUGCUGCAGCACCGUGAACACAGUCAUUUGCAUCAGCUGUUGUUUAUCAUCUAUGACACAGCACGUUCCACCGCUGUCCUCUCACAUCAAGCGUUUCUCGUGUCGCCCACGGAAACACAGACUGUGGCGAGCGGGCGGACAUUCAGCUCUCGCCCCCUGUGAUCAAAAGGUCCAGAGUCUUCUGCAGCGACUGUACAUGAGCGGCCCUCUUGUCUGUUCCUAAUUUUCCAUUCUUCUACUUUGUGCUUUUAUCACACAGCAGCACGUUUUUACUCUCGGCCCCUCCACAGUUUCACAGGGUUCACAGCUGUUGGCUCACUUCAGGGUUUCAGCUGUAAAUAAUUGGACUAAUAAAGACAAACCUUUUCACUUUUUACCAAUUCUUCAUUUUCAAGAAAACAUAUAUUUAUCCCACCUCCUUUUUCAUUUAAGUCUCAGUUAAAAGUAUUAACUUGUAUAUAGUCAAGUUUGUGAAACCAGUGUAUUGUUGUAGUAAUGGUUAAAAGGCAAUGCAGCCAUGCUGUUGCUUCAGUUGUGUCACAGUAGAAAUCAAUUCUCCUCUGUUCAGUUGACUGUACUGUCUGUAAAUAGAUCUAAUAAAUGUUUAAGAGGUUGAA